UUUUACUGGUUUUCCAGACUUGUUUCUUAACAUCUGUGAGCUAGCCCCGAACCCCGCGGGCGUUGGGGAGGACCAGGAAGUGGGCGUGUCUGCGCCCGUGUCAAGCCGCGAGCAUGGCUCAGUACAAGGGCACUAUGCGUGAGGCCGGCCGGGCCAUGCACCUGAUAAAGAAGCGGGAAAAGCAGAAGGAGCAGAUGGAGGUGCUGAAGCAGCGGAUCGCCGAGGAGACCAUCAUCAAGUCGAAGGUGGACAAGAAAUUCUCGGCUCAUUACGACGCCGUGGAGGCCGAGCUCAAGUCGAGCACGGUGGGCCUGGUGACCCUGAACGACAUGAAGGCCAAGCAGGAGGCCCUGCUGAAGGAGCGGGAGAUGCAGCUGGCCAAGAGGGAGCAGCUGGAGGCGCGGCGGCUGCAGCUGGAGGCGCUGCGGGAGAAGGAGCGCAAGCAGGAGCAGAAGCGCAAGGUCUGCAGCCUGUCCUUCACGCCGGACGAGGGCGACGAGGGCGACGAGGGCGACGAGGACGCGACGGCUGGGGAGCAGCCCGGGUCCGCGGCGGGGAGCAAGCGGCGGAAGCACCUGGGGAAGAAUCCCGACGUGGACACGAGCUUCCUGCCGGACCGCGACCGCGAGGAGGAGGAGAACCGGCUGCGCGAGCAGCUGCGGCAGGAGUGGGAGGCGCGGCGCGAGAAGGUGAAGCGCGAGGAGAUGGAGGUCAUGUUCAGCUACUGGGACGGCUCGGGGCACCGGCGCACGGUGCGGAUCCACAAGGGCGGCACGGUGCAGCAGUUCCUGAAGAAGGCGCUGCAGGGGCUGCGCAAGGACUUCCGCGAGCUGCGCGCGGCCGGCGUGGAGCAGCUCAUGUACAUCAAGGAGGACCUGAUCCUGCCCCACUACCACACCUUCUACGACUUCAUCAUCACCAAGGCCCGGGGCAAGAGCGGGCCGCUCUUCAGCUUCGACGUGCACGACGACGUGCGGCUGCUGAGCGACGCCACCAUGGAGAAGGACGAGUCGCACGCGGGCAAGGUGGUGCUGCGCAGCUGGUACGAGAAGAACAAGCACAUCUUCCCUGCCAGCCGCUGGGAGCCCUACGACCCCGAGAAGAAGUGGGACAAGUACACGAUCCGGUGA